GAGAGAGAGAGAGAGAGAGAGAGAGAGAGAGAGAGAGAGAGUAGGAGUGGGGUGAGAGUGUGCAACAGCGUGCUGGGGUAGAUGAGCCAAGCUUUCACACACGCUGACACACACCACAGCGUGAAAAGCAAAGCAGAGCUAGAGAGGGCAGUGUGUGUUCAUGUGUAUAUGUGUGUAAGAGAGAAGAAGAAAGAUAGAAAGCAGGGACAAGGAGGACAAGACAAGAAAGUGUGAGGACUGCCUGUAUUAGCCUGCUUAUUCUCAUUUUCUUGGCACUCUUGACUGUUUGGAUGAUGAAAGGAAUAUGAAGGUUUAAUGCUUCUCUCCGGGGCAAAUCUGGAAACCUCAGGGAAAUACCAUAGCGAAAUCCUCAAGCAACAUAAUUCCUUUUACACCACUUGGGAUUUGUAAGAUUCUUUUGAAACGGGUACCUGCUGGGACUCUCUUUACAUUAGAGGCAUCUGGAGAAAUGGAGCUGAAAGGGAAUGUGCUUUUGAUGCAAUGCGUGGUCCACACAAGCACCAGUCCAAUACCUUGUGGAAAUUUGCCAAGACAGGACCCAUGGCAAUAGGACUCAACACUUAUCCUCUGUAUAAGUUGACUGUCCAUAAGGCAUAUGAAUCCAGAUUGUUCAGUGGAGCUUAUACUGGAGAUGGAAAAUGUCAUUAUUUCCAUGAACAAGCAAAACAGUGGCAUGAAAUAAAUGACUAAAUGUACUUCAGUGGAAGGGGAUGGAUUUAUUAUUCGCAACAGCAAUGACAAAAUCUGGAUUUAUGGGCUACUGUUAACAAGGGGGAUGAAAGUCCCCCCUCCACAUACACAUAACCACUCACAAGGGCUGACCUCACCAAUACUGUGACCUUGGUUUCCUUGGUGGAGGCUUAUGUAAAUCAACAACAGCAAAUCAAUAAGGACUUAUCACCGUGCUUCGUCCAUAAAAUCUUAAUUACGGGAAUACAGUGCAGCCAACAGAAAGUCACAUUGAUAUAGAACAGGGUCAUUUGAAUCCUAUGAAUAACUGGAAACAUCUGAAGCUUUAAAAGACUGUUAUUUUUAAACCUGAAGUGGAUGUAUUAAUAGAUCAAUGUGUGAACUUUGCUCUGGAUCAUUCCAAACGAUUCACUGGAUUUCCUUUAUGGGUUUUAAUACUGUAUCUAAUUGCAUGAAACUUGGACAGAACGGGGUUUCUAAAUGGGAGAGAUAUAGGACAGUUUUAUCCAUGACCCACAUGGAAUGUGAAUACUGACCUAUUACUUUUAAACCAGAACAUGGCAGUGACCCAAGAGUUGCAAUCAGUUUGAUAAAAAAAUAAAGAAGUACCAACCUAUUGUGGAAACCAGGAGAUGUGAAUUCCCUGCUGGACUGCAAGGAUUACAAAAGGUGCAAAACUCUCCUUUGAAAAUGCUUGGGUGUGAUGUUCGACUUGGACUCCACCCAGACUCUUCUGGGCCAACCACAGGCUGUGGGUACUGAAGGAGACAGAGCUCUGGAGAGGGGAUAAUGCACAAGCCUAUCCCUUCAGCACAGGAGGAAGAAGGCAUCAUGAGUAACGUUACAGUCUUGGACAUCACUGAGACCGUAAGCCCAGCCAUGACGGCUGACGAACCUCACCCCUACCCCCUCAGCUUUCAGGUCUCCCUGACCGGCUUCCUGAUGCUGGAGAUAGUGCUGGGCCUGAGCAGCAACCUCACUGUGCUCGUCCUGUACUGCAUGAAGUCCAACCUGGUCAACUCUGUUAGCAACCUCGUGACCAUGAACCUGCACGUACUCGAUGUGCUGGUGUGUGUGUGCUGCAUCCCGCUGACCAUCGUUGUGCUGCUUCUCUCACUACAAGGUGACACUGUGCUGGUUUGCUGCUUCCAUGAGGCCUGUGUGUCCUUCGCUAGCGUGGCUACGGCAGCAAAUGUCUUAGCCAUCACACUGGACCGCUAUGAUAUCUCUGUCAAACCAGCCAAUCGUGUGCUGACCAUGGGCCGAGCGGUGACUCUGUUGGGGGGUAUCUGGGUGCUGUCUUUUCUUAGUUUCCUGGUGCCCUUCAUUGAGGUGGGCUUCUUAGGACCAGAGCCAACCAAAGCUAACCAAACUGUUGUGGUGCAUGUUAAUGAGUACUACACAGAGUUAGGCCUAUAUUACCACCUGGUUGCACAGAUCCCUAUCUUCUGCUUCACUGCUGUGGUCAUGCUGGUCACUUACUCUAAAAUCCUGCAGGCGCUAAACAUCCGCAUCGGAACACGCUUUCACGCCUCACAGAAGAAGAAGAAGAUGCGAUGGAAAAAGAACAUCUCACUCAUGUCGUCCUCACAACAGCAGCUGCCCGAAGUCACAGAUGGCUCUCAGGCGAGCAGUGGGAACCGUAAUGUGCCACUGGGCAUGAGAACCUCAGUGUCUGUGAUCAUUGCCCUGCGGCGAGCAGUGAAACGUCACCGCGAGCGGCGGGAGAGACAGAAGCGGGUGUUCCGCAUGUCACUCCUUAUCAUCUCCACUUUCCUUCUGUGCUGGACCCCUAUUACUGUUCUAAACAGCAUCAUCCUCAGCACAGGCCCCAGUGACCUCAAUGUGAAGCUACGUCUGGGCCUCCUGGUCAUGGCGUAUGGAACAACAGUCUUCCAUCCGCUCCUCUACGCUUUCACGCGGCAGAAAUUUCAAAAGGUUCUAAAAAGUAAGAUGAAAAAGCGGGUGGUGUCCAUCAUCGAGACAGAUCCAAUGCCCACAAAUUCAGUCAUAAAAAACUCAUGGAUUGAUCCCAAGAGAAAUAAAAAAGUGACAUUCGAGGAUCAUGAAGCCAAACAAAAGUGUCUUUCAUCUGAGGAUGUUGACUAAGUACCAGUACUUGCAGGAACACCAGUACACAUUGUAGCCUCAAAAAUCUUCAUUAUGGUCAUAAUGGAAAGAAAUUGACUCAAGUGUGUGCUAUAGAUGGAACUGCAUUAGAUGUGAAUAUAUGAAUUAAUAUCAGUUUAUUACUAUUUAUAUGAACUUCAAAUUUAGUAUAAUAGUAUGACAUUCACUGUGCUGUUGAAAACUGCAUGUUUUUAUAACACUGUACAUAGAAUUCGAUAAUUGCGAUGUGUAUAUACACACAUUAAAUACUGUAUGUAUCAAUAUUAGAAUACAUAGACAACACAUACAAGUAUUUGUAAUAAAUUAGGCAAAAAUAUGUC